AUGAGGUCAAUGUGGUGGCAGAUCCGUUUCAGAAGAAUCUGGGUGAAAAUCGUGCAGUGUGAUGCCAUAAUAGUUGCUUCAGUCCCAACGAUCCCCUUUCCCUUUCCAGAGGGACUACGACCCUCAACAGUAUUCACCAAUGGACUCCUGCACUGCUUCAAGUGUUUUGCACUUAAAGGACUCCCACAGAACAACUGGGUCCAUCAGGUUUUCAAUCAGAGACACAGAGACUGCCUUGGCAAAUCUCCAGGCACACUCUCCCCUCAGUCUGUCCAAGGUUGCCACAACCAGCUUAUGGUCAGUGCCACAGAACUUGGCAUUCCGGUGAACCCUGGAAUUCUAAAGGAUCCUCCAGCGAGAGCCAGAAAUCCUCAAUCUCUAGGACUUAGGAAAGUCCUGGAGAAGGAUGCUGUUUUCACUGCUAGGAUCAGCUUCCGAACCAUGGGGACUGACAGACAUCUUAUGUGGCCUCUUUUACAUCGAGUUGCCAACAUCGAUAGGGGCUUGCACAGCAAUAAGAAACAUGAAGCAGAAAGCAUACUUCAGUCUCAGAGCCAUAAUAUGCUCAUCAACUGGUGUUACCUCUACUACCAAUCUGAAAUCCGCUGGAGAUGGCUGUGGCUACCCCUUGGAGAUGAUGAGCAUUCCCCUGGCCUGACCAGACCGGAUGUUCCGACCUCCUUUCCGGACAGCUUUCCAGAGGUUAAGCCAUGUGCUGUUACUUCUGCCACCCCUGCCAACACUCCCCCAUAUAAAGGGGGAUGGCAGGCUGUGGGGCCUGACAUCUACCUGUGGAGUUCCUCUAGAAAACCUGAACCUUUUCAUUCAAAUAUUUUAUAUAGAGUUUUCCUCUCUUUGACAGUUAAAGAAAAGUUGAGUCAAGAUACUUCUCUUGAAGAAAUUGCCCCAACCACUCUACAGUGCUCUUUGCUGUGUCCCCUUGGUAGAACCCGCUUAAAACUCCCUUGCCGUGCCUGGACCUGCAAACAUCUCCAGUGUUUUGAUGCUGCAACGUAUAUUCAGAUGAAUGAACAAAAACCUAAAUGGUGUUGUCCAGUUUGUCGUGAACCUGCCCAAUACAAGAACCUGCAUAUUGAGGGGUAUUUUCUCAAUGUAUUGGAGGAAAAUAACACAGAUGAUACAAUAGUGUUGCUUGCUGAUGGCUCCUGGAAGCCAAUGAAUCUAGCAGAGCAGGAAUUAGAGCAAGUAGGAGAAGCUCAGGGAAGGAUUCAGCUUGGGGAAAACACACCUGCGACUGAGAAAACAAUUCAUCUAGAAAGUGAUGAUGAAGUCUGCACUGAAGGCAAUUAUUGUGAGGGUAAUGAAGAUUGUGUUGUGGCGAGUGCCUUGUCCUCAACUGUGGAAACAAUUACCCUGAGUGAUGAUGAACCAUCAGAUCCAGAGACUCCACAAAUAACAAGAACUAGUUUUAGAUUCUGUAGCACUCCAAUGUCUUCCAAAACAAGUGACAGAGAAUGUAAUAAUGAAAUUCAGUCUAGUGGCCCAAGAACCAGAAGCAGAACAUCUCGGUUGCUUAACAACAGUGAAAUCAGUGAUAUAUCUUCUGCUUUUGAAGACACCACCUUUGAACAGUCAAGCAAUGCUUCAGAUGAUUCAUUCUUACCACUCUCUGUAUCUAGCCUGGCUAAGUCACCUAUUGAGGCAACAUCCAGGGUGCUGAGAAGCAGGACAAGGAAGAACUACAGAGAGUAGGAGAAAUGGAUUCAAAAAUCCUCAGCGGAUUUUUCCUGAACGAACUGGAAAGAGAAAGGCAAAGAGACAGACUGGUAGAAGAGCCUUGAAAAGACUGUUAAGAGAGAAGGAAGGCCAAUGGAAGUCACCAAGACUAACAAGUCAGAAAUCACAACC